AUGAGUAAAUCAAAUGAUCAAGUUAAAAUUGAUCCAUUCAAAUCGUUUAUUGCAGGAGGUACGGCUGGUGCCAUUGAAGGGGUAGUUACAUAUCCUUUUGAAUUUGCUAAGACAAGAUUACAAUUAGUUGAUAAAUCAUCCAAAGCGUCAAGGAAUCCAUUAGUUCUCAUCUACAACGUAGCUAAAACUCAAGGUGUAUCUUCUUUAUACGUUGGAUGUCCGGCCUUUGUUGUUGGUAACACCGUCAAAGCUUCUGUUAGAUUCUUAGGUUUUGACUCGAUUAAGGCUUUAUUAGUCGAUACAGAUGGUAAAUUAUCAGGACCAAGAGGUGUCUUAGCUGGGCUAGGUGCUGGUUUACUUGAGUCCGUAAUAGCAGUCACUCCAUUUGAGGCUAUUAAAACUGCAUUAAUCGACGACAAACAAACAGCGAAACCAAAAUAUCAAAAUGGUUUGAUUUCAGGAUCUGUUAAGUUGUGUAGAGAUAUGGGAUUCAGGGGUAUUUAUGCUGGUAUUGUGCCAGUUUCGUUGAGACAAGCUUCCAACCAAGCCGUUAGAUUGGGUUCUUAUAAUUCGAUUAAGACGAUGAUCCAACAAGCUUCUGGUACUAAUCCUAAUGAGCCAUUAAGUUCUGUUUCAACGUUUUUGGUAGGUGCUUUUGCCGGUAUUACUACUGUCUAUACCACAAUGCCUAUUGAUACAGUCAAAACAAGAAUGCAAGCUUUAGGAGCGGAUAAAUUAUAUACUUCUACAUUGAACUGUUUCGUCAAGAUAUUUAAAGAGGAAGGGUUAUUAACAUUUUGGAGAGGUGCAACCCCAAGGUUAGGUAGAUUGGUAUUGAGUGGAGGGAUUGUUUUCACGAUUUACGAAAAAAUGUUAGUUAUCAUGAACUAA